UUAGGCUGCAAAUGUGUAAUUAAAAAAUUAGAAUUUGAGUUAAGAAUCAGUUCCAUUUUUUUGGGUGCUAUAAAACCUGCUCUAUCACGUAAUUUUCUCUAUGAACCAUUUGCUCUAUAUGCAACUUGCUUUAUCGCAAAUAUGCUCUAUAACAAAAAUAGACCAUUUGCUCUGAAGACAGAAAAUCGCAUGUAAAUGAAUUAUAAUUUAAAGUUCAUAUUUAUAAGUGUUAAUAUAAAGCAAAUAAUAUGUAUACUCAUAGAGCAAAUAUUGAAAAGAGCCAAAAGGCAUAUCUUAAAAUUGUUUAUAGAGCAAAUGAUUAGUUUAGUUACAAAGCAAAUAGUAAAUAGAUAAAUUGUGCGCUAGAGUAAAUGCCGUGAUCUAUAAGGAAGGGUAUUGAGCAAAUAGUCAAAAGAGCAAAUUGUAAUAGAUCAAACGGCCAUAGAGCAAAUGGAAUAAAAAGUCAUAAAAAAACCCCAGUUUUGAAUUAGUUACAAACUUGAAACACAAAUUUUCCAUUUCUUCAUGACAAAUACAGAAUGGGAACUGGUAUUUCAGGGUUUUAAUGCUAGUAUUCACUUUAAAAAGUCGAAUCUUUGAAAGUUUACUUUUUCUCGACUUUAAAAAUCGAAUUUUACUCAAUAUUAAUAAUCGACUUUUAUACGACUUUAAAGGUCGACCUUUUGCCGACUUAAUUGUUGUAAAAACUUGUCCAAAAGUGGUUGAAAAUCUCAGCUUAAAGUCGAGUUCUGGAACGACAAUUUACGAGUUAAAGUUGUGUUAACUCCUUGGAGUAAAUAGUCGAGUUAAAUUCUAUUUGUUGGGUAUACUGUGUAGUGUGUAUGAAAGAAUGGAUCUGUUUAAUUUGCUCCUAGGAUAUAAAUAAGAAGGAAAGGCAAGUAUGGAAUCAAAACCAUGGAUAAAUAUCAACACAGUUCAGUCAGUGUAGGACAAUUAUUAAUAUCUACAGUGUCGUACUGUAUUAAGAAAAAUUGGAUAAAGAAAAGAUGACUGUACUCCCUCUAAUGACUGCGCUAACACUAGAAAGGGUUCCUGCACUGGACUAUAUGUGUACUGAUAUAAUCAGGCAUAUUCUUCAGUUCCUGGAUUACAGGAGUAAGAAGAUGCUGAGAGGAGUAUCCUCUUCUCUCAAGAACAGAGUUGAAGGAUGUGGGGAUAAACUAGUUCAUUACUGGAGGUUUUCUACUGAGUUUACAACAGACAAGCUCAUCAAGUUUGCUGAUGAAGUUGAAACAGUCUUAGGUUUUGAAGUUGAAGAUGCUACAGAUGAUGGUGCUGAGUACCUUGUUAAGAAACAUCCUGAAAUACUCAUGGUUCACCUGGUUCCAUCAUAUAGAACACUAUUUUCUUUGACAUCAACUGGAUUAAAUGAAAUAUUGUCUCUUCCAUCUUUGUCUUCUUUAAUUAUAAGAAAUUCUUCUUUUUCAUUUCAUUUUCCUGACAAUUUCAAGAUAGUUUCAAAACAACUCCAAACUCUAGAGCUGACUUGUAAAAUAUCAGACACAAAUAUUGAUGAUGUCUGGUUUUUACAAAUAUUGGAACAGUGUGGAAGUAUACUUAAAUCUCUAAACUUGUCUAAUUCAAAAAUUACUGGUGAAAUAUUGAUAAAUUACAAUGCAACCCUGACUUGUUUACAGAACCUGAACAUGAGCAACUGUAAACUUCUAACAGACAAUGGAUUACUGAAUAUACUUCAGCUUUGUGGGAGUACACUCAGAUCACUAGAUAUUGAGGGUACGCAAGUUAAUGGAGACUUGCUGUCUGAAUAUAAUGGAACCCUGCCACAUUUAAAGAAUUUGAACAUGAGAAACUGUAAACAACUUGGAUAUAACGGACUGUUAAAGAUGCUACAGCUUUGUGGAAGUACACUUAGAUCCUUCGAUAUAGGGCUUACACAUAUGGGUAAAGAUUAUCUGUCAGAAUAUAAGGGAACCCUGCCUUGUUUAGAGAACCUGAAAAUGAAGGAUUGUUACCAACUCACAGAAAAAGGACUGCUGCAUAUACUUCAGCUUUGUGGGAGUACACUUAAAUCUCUGGAUAUAUCAGGAACAGAUAUAACUGGAGAGGAUAUUUAUGAAUACAAGGGAAUCCUGCCUUGCUUAGAGAACCUGAACUUAAGUCGGUGUUGACCACUCUCAGGUUGUGGACGGUGGAAGAUACUUCAACUGUUUGGUAUCACACUGAGAACCCUGGAUAUAUAUCAAAAACAUACAAUUUAAAUACAGAUAUAGAGACUCUUGGUUCUUUGAGGAUGAAAGAAGUAAUUUAGCCCCUUAUAGGUAAACAUGCACAAUGAUACUGGUUUUUUACUCAACCUGCUGAGAGGACUGUACUGAGGACUGGACUGAUAAAGAAGAUUCCCUCAAGAGGGCUUUACAGGGCUUACAACUCCUCAUUUUGCAUAAGGGGUGCAGUUAUGAGUUUCCUUUUAAUUUCCCUAACUGGGAAAGAGUAUAAAAUGAAGGAACACAGUAAUAAAUUCUCUAUACCCUUCUUCCUACAAAUCUCCUAAUAUCUCUCCUCUACCUUCUCCACAACUUAGACUUUUAAAGGACUAUUUGGAAAGGUCUUAAAGUGCAAAAACAAGAUAAAUAAGAAAACAGAAGAAAUAAAGAACAGGAAAAUUAGAAGGGGUGUUUUAAGCUUUACACUAUCUUUUUUUAUUGAUAGUGAAUGGAGACAAAAACUCUCUUCAAAAAAUCUUCCAGAAGUUAAAUGAUCUAGAAAAUGUGUAAAUCCGACCCUUGCAAACAUGUGUAAGCAAUCAAUACAGAGCUGAGUUGAAAUACUACAAAUUGCCUGGUCAGCUUUCAAGAAAAGAAAAACAGACAAUUAAUUCAAAAUGAAUACAGGGCUUAGAAAAAAACAAGAUCUUUUAAAAAAUAGUCCUCCUUGUAAAAUGGCUAAUUUACAAAAGCAUCCUUUUUAUAAAAGGGCAGUGAAAGUCCAGUCUGUGUAAAAAAAAAUCUAAAACUUCUCAUACAUUUUUUUUUGUGACUAAAGCUACAGUCAUGAAAACUAUAUGUUUGAAAAGCCCUUGAAAAAUGGAUGUAGGAACAUGUGUCCAACUCACUUCUUGUAAUUGUCUAAAACAAAAACAAAAUGUUUUUAAGAUUUAUUUUUAAAGUUAUCGGUCUAAUUUUUUAUUGAUAAGCUGGCCUUGAACAUUGGACUUUGAACAUGCAUUUUUACCCUAUACCUAAACUCUAAGGCCUUCUUCUAGGGGGUGUGGUAGUUCCAUUAUUUUGUAAGGAUGGAUUUGAAUAUAAAUAAUGUAUUCAACCAAUACUCUGAAUAAUGGUAAACUUGGAAUAUUUUAAUUUCAAACAGAAAUUUAGGAUUAGAGAAUUGAGGGAAGUAGUAACUAUAGGAGGUUCCAUUAUAAGCUUAACCCUUUUCGGACUGGGGAGGGGGAGACCCUAAACCUAUAAUUUUUUUGCGAUAGCUCAAAAAGUAUUGGCUGUUCAAGUUUUUGUCUACUUUUCUAACUAUAAUACACAUUUAGGUUUGGAAAAUGUGUUUGCAUAAUUGAAUUCGCCUGAGUCAAGCACUUUUAAAAAAUGUAUAAUUUAUUAUAUUUCGCACAAUUUUUAUUUUUGAACAUUUUUGCAAAAUAAAAAGAUUUUUUAAUCAAUUUGAUGUUUUGGAUAAACCAGACAUCAUAAUUUCCUGAAUGUUGCUUUAGUUGAAAACUUAAAGCAGGGCGUAAGUAAGGAAACGUUGUUUUUCAGUGGCUCUUCAGGUUUCACUGAACAUCGUAUAUUUUUAACUUUAGAAAAAAAAAACUAGAGGAUUUAAAGAACUUUCCUAAAAAUAAG